UCCCAGUGGGGGAUGUCUGUCUUCCCCCAGCCCGCCCUCUCUGUGCCACUUCCUGUCCCGCCCUUCCAGCUUCCCAGAAUCCCCAGGGUCAGAGCGGACUCCUUCCUUUCUGGGCUCGGGAGUGCUCCAAGCAGCGUGUCUGUGAGGCCCUCCUCCAAGAGUUUUGUCCAGGACAAAGUCUUUGCUGGAAGGAGACUCCAAAGCCAAGGUGGAGAAGCCACUUCCAAGAGCUCUGUAGGCAGCACAAGCAGCUGCCUUCCUGCCCUAGAAAUGAUUACCCGCUCUCAGGCCACCAAGGCCAGGAAGAAUGUGCCUGUCAGAUCAGCCCGCAGCAUGAAAAGGCUGCUUGCCAAGAAGCAGCAGGUCCAGGAGGAACAGCAGCUGAGAGUCCAGGCCAAGAAAAAGGGAAGAGCCCAGAAACAGAAGGCUGGCCUGGGCAGAAAAGCCAAGAGCACUCAGAGCAGCUCUACUGCUCAGCCCACCUCCAGCACCCAGACCAGCCCCCAAGGCCAGAGGAGCUCCAGCAGCCUCCCUGGCCCGGGUCGCUUUGCCCUCGGCCUCCGCUGUGCCCCAGGCUAUCCUGGCCCCAGAGGUCACACCCUCCCAUGCCCAGGCACGCCACCUGUGAUGGUCCCAGAAGGCAAGGAAGGAAGGAAUGACCAGCAGAAUGGCAGGCUGAAUCCAGAUGGAGAAGACCUCUGCGACUGUCUGGUCAGAGAUUGCCCCGGCUGCUUCGAACAGUGCCCCACGUGCCAGUCGACCAAGUGUGGGCCCCUCUGCCGCCAAAACCGCAUCUGUGUCUAUGAGGUCUUUGCCGAUAAUGAAGGACAAGUGAUCAGCACCUUCUCGUUACCCCAUGCUAAUGCCAUGUAUUAAGAGGAAUCCUGAAUCUCCUGGGACUCUCCUCCAAGUCCCUGUUCUGCAUGUCUUCUGCAAGAGAGAAUUUAAGGUGGUGAUGAAGCUCCAGAACAGAAGAAUAUGUAUUGUUAAAAUGAGAGCAGAUAAAAAAGAAUAAAAAAUGUUU